AUUUCAGUUACUGUUUACAUCAUUAUUUUAUCGAAGAUUUCUGAUUAAAUAGAAAACCCGAUCGCGGCGCGUAAGUGUUUUACAGCAGCAAAAAGAUUAGUUAAUUUCUGAUAUUGCAUUAUGGCCAUAAAAAUUCUAUGUAGUAUCAUUGUUUGUAAGCAUUCAAUUAAUUUCACACAGAGAACCUGAAAUCAAAUGAGCUAGUAAAAGUAGAUCAAAAAGUAGGACAAUGGUUAUUGUUACGAGUCGUUUAGUUGCGUUGUUCAACAGCUGGACAAUAUAAUGAAAAAUUUUCAGAUUUCAACUCAGUUUGACAAAUUGUAAAUAAUCACAUUUCAUUGGUAUAUAUGUGUCAUCAUCAAUUUUCUUACGGUCCUAGUAAUUAUUUAUAUUUCAAAUCUGACAGUAUCAAUAGAGCAUGAAUAUGAAGACACUAACCUGGAUAGCGUCGGCUGACAACGCGUGUACAUGUUUUCGAUCACGUGCACCCACCACACGAUAUUUAACACGGCGAUUCCGCCGCAAAUAGGCAACUGGAGGUACAUUUAACGACGCGUGCGCCUGCGUUUAGGCAAUUCUAUCUUUUGUACGCAUUUAUUGUUAGUGUAAAAACAAUGAUUUUUAUUAUCGACGAUUCGAAAUUCUUGAUUAGUGUCCCAUCAGCCUCAAGGUGGCAGCUCGGACGUCGUCUAUUGUUAUCGGUUCAUUGAACUACAAACACAAUGUAACUGGGUAGACUUAUCGCAAUACCGCUCAUUUCGUGAGAAAGAACGACCUUGCCUGGAAUUUCUAUCCUUGUCACUCUCGUGGACAAUACGGCGCAAGACCUAGCUGAACCCUAAUAGUUGCCUCAAUUCGCCGACUAAAAAAAGUGAGAGAGAGAUUCCUUUCGCGUCUAUCUCUCUCGAAUUGGCUUGAAUUGUACGUAACAAUAGCAGCGCUCCUUUAUUUCAGUAGGUUACGUGUAUGCUCAAGAUGAAUCACGGAUGCAUCUGUUAAUGAUAAAUGCGCACGAGGCGUUGAGCACGUGGUGCGUCUGGGUCUUGGUAAACAGAAGCCUGCCGCGUACCGAUAACCAUCAACCACGGUCAACCAACCGCCGAAACUCCAGAGAAGCCGACGGUGAACGUCGACUGCAUGCGUGCGACGUGUUCGGGAUCACGUAUCUUUUUCUCCCACGUUGUGUGCACGACGUUUUCACUCCCGAAUAUCCGCUGCAUUUUCGAUGAAGCCGCCAACGCGAGUACAACGUGGAACGUUCAAAUCUUUCUUGACUCCUGAGUAUUUGUAUCUUACGAGUAUCCGCUUCUCAGGGAAAGUUAAUAUUCACAUUCCAAUUCGGGUUUUGGAAAAUUGUCCUGCCUCUUUGUGAAAGAAAAGAAUAAAAUGGUUCGCCAGUUGACUACGAAAGAGAAGAUCCAGUCAUUCAUCAGAGUAACUGGGGGUGGAUUGGCCAUAUUCAGCGGCGUCAACAUCCACUCAGGCAAUGAAAAGUUUUACGAGGAUUUCCUAAUGCCAGUCGUCCGAUGUAUAGAUCCGGAAAGAGCCCACAAUGUUGCUGUAUUUGCGACAAAGUUUGCAUUAGUUUCUUCAGGACCGUAUCAGGACUCCGCGAGAUUAAAAACUACUGUAUGGGGACUUGAUUUUAACAAUCCAAUUGGCAUGGCAGCUGGAUUUGACAAACAGGGAGAAGCGGUUAAUGGACUGCACAAAAUUGGAUUUGGUUUUGUGGAAGUAGGAUCUGUCACGCCAGAGCCUCAAGACGGAAAUCCAAAGCCUCGGGUUUUCAGGCUACAAGAAGACAAAGCUGUCAUAAAUAGAUAUGGCUUCAAUAGCGACGGCCAUGAGGUGGUUUACGAACGUUUGCGAAACGUUAAAAACGGUCCAGAGUUCGUCGGAGUGGUUGGCGUGAACCUCGGCAAGAACAAAACGACGUCGGAUCACGUUCAGGACUAUGUCGAGGGUGUGAAGAAAUUUGGCGAAGUCGCUGACUAUUUCGUCAUUAAUGUUUCCAGCCCAAACACACCUGGGUUGCGUAGUUUGCAAGCUAAAGAAAAUUUGGAGGAAUUGAUAACCAAAGUCAAAGCUGCCAGUGAAAAUUUGCCUAAGAAGCCCCCGUUGCUGGUCAAACUGGCACCAGAUUUAAGCGAUCAAGAACGACAAGAUGUCGCAGAUGUUAUUAAUUCAUCGAAAUGCAGAGUGGAUGGCUUAGUAAUAUCCAAUACCACGAUUGAUCGACCGAACUUGCUGAGCUCCGAAAAAGAAGAAAAUGGUGGUUUGAGUGGGGCACCGCUGGCAAAUCUUUCGACUGUAAUGAUUGCGGAUAUGUACCGCAGGACCCAUGGGAAAAUCCCAAUAAUUGGUGUUGGUGGAAUAUUCUCUGGGGCUGACGCUUAUGAAAAAAUUAAAUCUGGAGCUUCUUUGGUCCAGAUAUAUACCUCUUAUAUAUAUCACGGCCCUCCUAUCGUGACCCGCAUCAAAAAGGAACUUGAUGAGCUUUUAGUCAAAGACGGACACACGUCUAUUCAAGAAGCAAUUGGUAAAGACGUUAUAACGUCUAAAACAUAGGUACAGUAUCUUAGUUAAACGCAAAUCAUUGAUUAAGGUUUUGUCAAGUUUCCACUGCCAUUCAAAAUCAUUUUGUACAUACGAGUUUUUCACAUUCUCGAAGCAUUGUUUAACUUUACUAAGUAAAAACUAGCGUAAAUAUCAUCUAUGAAAUUUGUUAUUGCUACUGCUAUAAAUAUCGACAAUUUAUAUCAAACGGCAACUACCUUAAUGUAAGCUGGCAAAUGACAUGAAGCGGUGCAUUGGGUUUUGAAUUCAGAACUUUUUAAAAACUCGGUUAAUUUAAAGGGGUUUUUCAAUACAGUAUUUUUUUUAUAAUAGUCGAAAAGUAAGAAUUCUCACCUCUUAUAGAUGUAAGAUAGAAUUCGAGAAACGCAGUUUCUGAAGCCAUGUGAAUGAUUAUAUUUUAUAAGAAUAAUUGACUACGUUUCAUAGAAAAAUGCCUUUAUAACACCUCAGAGCUUCACGAAUAAAUCGCGUUUUUGUGAUUUAUAGCUGCAAACUGUCAAUAAGAAUUCAUUCAGGAUAUUCCUAUGUACAUAAGUUACUUUAUUUGUUCGUUAUUAAUAAAUUGAAGGUUGUAUUUAUGUUAGUUUUAUAAACAUUAAUAAAAUGUCGAUUAACAUUGAGAUCUCGUUUCGUUUCCAUUUCUCAUUUUGAAGUAACAAGCGGCACUUUUCGUAAAAAUAAUUACAAUCGUACACCUCUACUAACUGAAGGUAACGUUACUAAAUUUUCUUAACGCCUUGACUUUUGAAACCACGCAAAUGUAAAAAUAUCUUCCAGAAAUACAUUGCAAAAAUGCUUUAAAUUACUUUUUAAAUUGUAUAUUCACGUCUUCAUUGAAUUAGGAUAUCAGUGCGUUGUACAAAAAUAUAAAUAUUCAUGGUUCUAAAUCUAAGCGUAAUUCAAAAAUUACAAAUCAUGUCCAGUUAUUGAAAAAAUUGUCAUAAAAAGUUAGACUAUUGUAUGUAUACUUACAAGUAUCAUUAAUAUGUAUAUAUUUUCGUGAAUAGUUCAUAUAUAGUAUUUAAUUAGCUGAGGCACUAACUUCUCAUUGAGUAAUAGUUUUGGGAGUAUAACAUUAUAAUUAUUAGUCCGUCAAGCUUUGCAAUAUAUCAAUAUAUAAUGGUCGAGAAUAUUUAGCAGCUUAGGUA